AUGUCCAACUUGAACCCCGAAGACUACACCGUUGGCUGGAUAUCCGCCAUCCUUCCCGAGUAUACUGCCGCCCAACUAUGUCUAGACGAGAAGCAUGAGCCAGUUCGUUUACCACCUGGGAACAAAGACCAAUACACCCUAGGAAGAAUUGGGAAUCACAACGUGGUCAUCUCUGUUCUACCGAUGGGAGAGUAUGGUACAGCAUCGGCAGCUCGUGUAGCCGAAAGCAUGACAAAUUCAUUUCCGAAUAUUCGCAUUGCCUUGAUGGUUGGGAUAGGUGGCGGUGCACCAAGUCGGAAGCAUGAUAUCCGGCUUGGAGAUAUCGUCGUUGGGAUUCCUGAUAAUGGAGAGGGUGGUGUCUUGCAUUAUGACUUCGGGAAGACAAUACAAGACCAAAGCUUCAAGGCUACAGGAUUCGUCAAUCAGCCUCCUACGAUCCUCCUCACGGCAGUAAAUGGGCUUGCAGCACAAUACGAACUUGAGGGCAAUGGGAUUGAAGACACUAUCACCGAGAUCCUUGCAGAUAAACCACGAUUACGAAGAAAGUUUGCGCGUCCUGAUACUGCAAGCGACCGGCUAUAUAAAACAAAUGUUGUCCAUCCCAUCGAUAGCGAGAUGAACUGUGUUGAUAGCUGUGGGAUAAAUAAAUCUGAUCUCAUUUCGCGAAGCGAGCGCACCAAGGAUAUGGAUAACCCGAUGGUUCAUUACGGCUUGAUUGCAUCCGCCAACAAUCUUAUGAAAGAUGCCAUAAUCAGGGACCAACUUUCGAAGGAGCAGGAUGUCUUGUGCUUUGAAAUGGAAGCAGCCGGGCUGGUCAAUCACUUCCCUUGCCUGAUUAUCCGCGGCAUCUGUGACUAUGCUGAUUCGCACAAGAAUAAGGAUUGGCAGAGAUAUGCGGCGAUGGUAGCUGUUGUUUAUGCUAAAGACUUGUUGUACAAGAUUCAUUCUCACAAUGUUGAGUAUGAGAAAGCGAUUGUGAAUGUUCUUAAGGCCGGUGAUGUUCAUCGGAAUACGUAUAUCAAGUUUGAGGGUAAUAAUUCGGGUGUGCAGAUUGGACAAAUGAAUGGCUCAUUCACCAAUUCUGGCAAUUUACCAGUCUGGCGAUGA